AUGCCGUCGCAUGAAACGGGCAAAGAGAAAGUCACGAUGACUUCUCUGGUCAAAUGCCCAAUGUGCUCUAUGAGCCAUCUUCCCCUAAAAGGAAACCUUGAUAGAGGGACAUACGCCUGCACGUGUGAGAACUGUGGCCACUUUUUCAAGUUCCAGGCUGUGGGGGACUUGAAGUCCAGCAUCACACUAACAAUCAAUGGACAGAGCUAUAACAUUGGCAACGAGUACAAUCCGGCUACGUCACUACUUGAGUAUAUGCGUCAGGCGGGCAUCUCCAGAGGUACCAAAGGAUGCUGCUUUGAGGGUGGGUGCGGAGUCUGUUUAGUCACGGUCAAGUUCUUGGAUCCCCUGACAAACAAGCCCAGAUUGUACACAAUUAAUUCGUGUUGCCUUCAGCUGUACACUUGUGAUGGGCUCGAAAUCACAACAAUCGAAGGUCUGGGAGACACCAGAGAUGGCCUUCACCCUGUACAAGACAGACUGGCCAAGUUUGAUGGAGCGCAGUGUGGCUUCUGUACUCCAGGACAAGUCAUGAACAUGUAUGGCCUUCUCCAAAACAAUCCCAAGCCAACCAUGCAGGAAGUUGAAGACUCCUUUGACUCAACCAUCUGCAGAUGUACUGGAUACAGGUCCAUUCUGGAUGCCAUGAAAUCUUUCGCAGUUGACGCCCCACCGACAUUGACAAAGAAAGGAGGAGUGAUUGAUAUCGAGGAAUUGGACGGCAAAAUGUGCAAAAAGACCGGAAAAGCUUGUAUUGGUCACUGCGGCAGCCACGUGAAGAAUGGUGAAGCGGUCAGCUGUGAGAACAGUGUGCCCAGACCCCUGCAUAUCGUGUAUGACCAGGCCCAAUGGUUUAAACCUCUGACCCUUGCAGAACUGACCCCACUGCUGAAGCAGUACGCUGGACAGAGUUACAGGCUGAUCUUUGGCAACACGGGCUUUGGUGUGUACGGGGAAGUCGGUCCAUGGAACUACAGUAUUCUCAUUGACAUCCGGGGAGUUCAGCAGUUGUACACAGUCGAUCUGACCCCCAGCGACCAUAUCACAUUUGGAGCAAAUGUAUCCCUUACUGCCCUGAAAGAGGCCUUUGAGUCGACCACCGAUCCUGGCUUGCCGUACGCUAAAGCGUUUGCCACACACCUGGGACUCGUCGCCUCAAACAGCAUCAGAAAUCUUAGCUCCUGGUCAGGCAACCUGGCAUUGAAAAACCUUCAUAAUGAUUUUGCCUCUGAUGUCUACACCAUACUUGAAACAGUUGGGACGCAACUUACAAUCGUGGACGGUGAUGGUGUGAGCAAACAGUAUUCCCUUGUGGACUUCUUGUCCGUAGACCUGAAAGGGAAAGUGAUUGUGUCCAUGACACUGCCCAAAUACAACAGCUCUGACGUCAUCAUUCGGACUUCAAAGACUUCACACAGACUCCAGCUGUGCCAUGCCCAUGUCACUUCGGGAUACAACUUUCAAGUGGACGCCAACAACAACUAUCUGGUCAAGUCAAAACCUUCCAUUGUUAUCCAAGGCAUCAACGGUCAAUUGGUCCAUGCAGUGCAGACCGAAGCUUUCUUGGUCAACAAAAAUUUAGCAGACCCAGCUGUUCUUCAAAAUGCGCUGACUGUUCUCUCUGGAGAAAUUGUUCCCGACUCUGGAACUGUUCUGGCCAGUCCAACCUACCGUAAAUCACUGGCCAUUGGGCAGUUCUACAAGUUCGCCCUGGGUGUGUGUCAGAACAAAUGUUCUGCACGAUUUGCCAGCGGUGGCCUGGAUCUAGUCAGGCCAAUCAUGACUGGGACCCAAGAUUUAGGAACGACCGACCCAUCUGUGUACCCCGUCACCGAGUCAAUGAUGAAAGUAACCGCCUAUAACUUGACAACCGGAGAGGUCAGGUUCGUGGCUGACCAGUCUCCCAGACAAGGUCAGCUGUACGCAGCUCCUGUACUUAGUACACAGGGAAACGCCAAGAUCCAGAGCAUUGAUGCUUCUCUUGCUCUUCAAAUUCCAGGUGUGGUAAAGUUCAUACAGGCUAAAGACAUCCCUGGAAGAAAUUUCUGGAGACCCCGUGGUUUGGAAGCUCCUAACUUGAUAAAAGAUCUACUGUCUAGUGGUCAAGUACAAUAUGCUGGACAACCUAUUGGCAUCCUUGUUGCAGAGGACGAAGUUACAGCCCAGAGUUCACGAUACGGUGUCCAGGUCACAUACACGGACAUCAAGCCAGCCCUGACUGAUAUUGAACAGGCCAUCCAGCAGAAAUCCUUCAUCGGCAGGGCUGGUCCUGCUGUCAGAGGCAACGCAACAGCUGCCAUGGCGGCUGCUCCUCACAGGGUCAGUGGAACUGUCCGCUGCAGCGACCAGUACAAUUUCCACUUGGAGAACCAGGCGGCUCUGUGUGUUCCCACUGACACAGAUGGUAUGUACGUCAUGGCCACCACACAGUGGCUGGAUCCUGUCAUCCAAGCAGUCUCGCAUGCGUUGGGAAUGUCAGAAUCCAAGAUCACCGUGGAAACCCAGAGGAUUGGAGGAGGAUUUGGCGGGAAGGGAAGCUAUAAUGCGCCAGUAGCUGGGAUGUGUGCUGUGGCUGCAUACCUCACCAAGAGACCCGUUCUGAUGAACCUUGACCUUCACACAAACAUGCAGUUCCAGGGGAAGAGAACUCUUUUUGUCUUUGAAUAUGAGGUUGGUUUCGAUGAUGAUGGCAAGCUUAUUGCUAUAAUUGCAACAACUUACGCAGAUCUCGGAGCUCAGGAUUCUUCCAGUUCAGAUGAACAUACCACUGCAUUUAUUGACAAUGUGUACACGUGUCCCAACUGGUCAUACACCGUCCAACUGGUCAGAACAAACAAGCCAGUGAGCACGGCUGUCAGAGCCCCAGGUACUGCUCCAGCUAUUUUUGGCAUGGAAUGUAUGAUCGACCAUGUGGCUACCUACCUCAAGAAGGAUCACCUGGCUGUUCGCAAGCUCAACUUUAUGAAGGAUGGAGAUAUGACCCUGGGGCGCAUGCUGAUUGAAAACUGCCUGAUCAGUGACCUGGUGGCCCAGCUGGAGACAGACAUUGGAAUUGCAAGUCGAAUCCAGGCGGUCAAUGACUUCAACAAGAACAACCGAUGGAAGAAACGGGGUUUUCAUGUGAUGCCGAAUAAAUACGCGAUGGGCUGGAGCGGGAGAAAGUACGCUACUUCUCUGUUUGUCAAUCAUGGAGAUGGCAGUGUGCAUCUGUGUCAUGGCGGCAUUGACAUGGGUCAAGGAAUCAAUACGAAGGCUAUCCAGUGCGCCGCUUACAAACUGGGCAUUCCUGUAUCACUGAUCGAAGUCAAGCCAACAAGUACAAUAGUGAACACAAACGCUGACGUGUCUGCCGGAUCUACAACAACUGACAUCGUCUGUCUGUCAAUCUUGAAGUGUUGUGAAGAUCUCCUUGAGCGCAUGGCUCCGUCGAAGGCCAAACUUAAGAACCCAACUUGGCAGGACAUUGUCAAUCAAAGCUACAGGGACUUGGUCGACCUCAGAGCACAUUACCAGCCGCAAAUCCGAGAUAAGUACUCGUCUCACUACGUUUGUUGGGGAGCUUGUGCUGUUGAAGUGGAGAUCGACGUCUUGACUGGUCAGUACCAGAUCCUUCAGGUUGACUACCUAAAUGACACUGGGACAAGUUUGAACCCAGAGCUGGAUAUGGGUCAGUUGGAAGGUGGGUUUAUCAUGGGUUGUGGGCUGUUCCUGCUAGAAAGUAUGAAAUUUGACCCAGUCACCGGCCAGCCUCUAACCGACGGAACAUGGGAAUACAAACCUCCCCUCGGGAAAGACCUGCCUAUUAAAUUCAAUGCCAAAUUUAUGAGAAACGUGCCAAAUCCUUCUGGAGUGCUUGGAUCAAAAAUUGUUGGUGAAGUCCCAGUCAGUAAUGGAGCCUGUGUCCUGUUUGCUCUCAAACGUGCCGUAGAGGCCGCCCGAGCCGAGCAGAACAACACCGACUGGUUUCCGUUCCAUGCCCCAGCAACAGUGGAAAGCAUCCAGACACUUUGUCUGAACGACCUCAGCCAGUACACAUUUGGCAGUUAG